CAACCAUGGCGGAGAGUACAGAAACUGAGAGCAAAGAAGCAACUCUAAAGCAACAGGUGGAAGAAUUAAGAUACUCAAAUGAAGUUCUUCAGACGGAGAACAAAAUGUUUGAAAGUUGCCUCAGUCGCCUGGAUUCUCUCAGCCUGGCCUCGGAGCUUGUGCCCCAGAUGGAGAAGGGAGCGGGGCACGGCGGGAAAUCUGAAGGCAGAGAAACAUCUCAGGAACCACCGACCCUCCUGAAACUGGAACAGAAGUAUUACAUAGCAGUGUGCGAGCUGAAAGAGACGCAGAAAGAUCUGGAGCAAUUAAGCAGCAGUUUAUCAAGAAAUCACAAGUAUUAUGAGGCUGCUAUAAAGGAUUCUGACAUACGGCUGAUAGAAAUUAAGAGGGAGAGGCACGACUUUGAUGAGUUCGUUGCUAAAACUCAUCAGAAUACCCCGGUUCUGGCACAGAGGGCGCAGAAGGUCAUCAGGUACAUCGAGUGGAAAAUAAAAGCAAAGAACGCUCUGACAGAGAGAACGCGUAGGAGAAUUGCGUUUUUGCGGAUGCAGAGCCGGAAGCGGCAGCGCAUGGUGCAUCAGAAGGAACAGAUGCAAGAGACGCUAUGCAAGAUCGACUUGGAGUACCUGAAGCAAAAGAACAUCCAGUCUCAGGAGCUUCUGCAAAACAUCCAAAAGCAACUGAGGUGUGACAGAAUGCUGGUUCGAAAGAGCCAGCGAGACCUGAACGUUCACAAGGAGCGGCUCAAGAAGGAGACGGAGGAGUCCAAGUCGCUGAGCAGAAAUCUGGCUUCACAUGAGGAAAAGCUGUCGAAGAUCAGAGAGCAACAGCAGAAGGUUGAGACGAAGCGAGCUCAGGCUGAGGCUCUGAACCAAAAGCUGAAAGCCCAGAUGGCUGAUUUCCGCGUCCCUGAUGUCAUGAGGUACGUCGAGGCAAAGGCCACAAACGAUCAGCUCAGGAAGACCGUCAAGUCUUUGGAGCGCCAGGCGAGGGUUGCUAAGAUGAUGUCGAAGACUAAGAAAAACAAUCCAGGAGAUCCAUCAGGCUGCAUUAAGAGCACUGACUACUAAUCCAUGAUGACUAUAAAUCCCCUGCAAGCCCUCUUUUACUGUAACUCAUAGCUUCAUUGUUAUUCUUUUUAAAUAAUAAAUGGACUCGCAGCAUGUACCCCAAACCUCCGUAAAACGCGGCUCAA